AAAGGGACGCCACGCGCCGCGACGCCUACCGUAUCGAGAGACACGCGGAAUUCGGGACAGCCGUCGGUAAAUAAAAGGAAGAGACUUUAAAGAAAUAACGGUUAAUUUAUUUAAUGCAAAAUUCUUGGUUAGUUUUGACUGAAAAGGGACAAUUUUUGCAGUAUAUUUUGAUCAGUGAUUUGGUGUAAUAUUUUGGUAAACAGUUCUUGUUUGAGGGAGGUCAAGGAUUGCUUCUGAAAAAGAUAUUCAGAGACGCAGUUUGUUCAAAAUCUGACUCCAGUUUAACCCAAUAUGGACGUCUUUCAAGAAAAAGAGAAUCCGUUGCCUCCAGAUCUUCAAGUUACAUGGAUGGACAUUCUAGAACUUAACAAAAUAACUGCAGCAGCGCAGAAAGUGAAAACCAGCCAAAAACAAACAGCCAAGAUGAAGAUGAGCAAAGUGGGCAAUCAGACCAACUCGCAGGACCCGCAAGCGGUCAAUUCUCGAGUGUUUGUCGGUAAUUUAAACACAUUCCAGUGCUCGAAAACCGACGUGGAACGCAUGUUCCAGCGAUAUGGACGACUGGCCGGAAUAUCAAUGCACAAAGGAUAUGCCUUUGUACAGUUCACAAAUCCGUUUGACGCUAGGAGCGCAUGUUUAGGAGAAGAUGGCAGGACAGUCUUAAGCCAGAUAUUAGAUGUCAAUAUGGUGGCAGAACCAAAACCACAUCAAACUGGCCGAAAACGACAGAACGUAGCCAAAACUGGAAAUGAUUGGGAUUAUUACUACGAUAGUUAUUAUGCCUCUACCGCCUUUCCGGUGGGACCUACCAGAAUUAUACCUCCUCUUAAACGGCAAAGACUCAUGACGACAUCAGUAAGAAAUGGAAAAUCAUCUCAGGCACAGAAAAAUACAUCGUUGGGGUCUCUGGACCAGCUAAAAGUAUACAGUAAUCAGGAUAUUCUCAUCUGUGGCAACUGCCGAGAGAUGUUCUCAGAACUGCACGAUCUACUCGAACACAAAAAGACUUACUGCAAACUUCGAUUUACAUGUAAAUGUGAAACCAGGAAAUCCAAAUCAUCACUGGAUGAGCAAUCCACGGCAUCGUUACUCUGUGUCCAGUGCAAAGACGCGUUCCAGAAUGCAUGGGAUCUCAUGGUACACGCGCAAGCAGCCCAUAUGGUCAAUAUAUACGAAUUAGGAAUACCAGCGGUGGGCAAUUGUUCAUCUCCUGGCAUGUCACCACGGGACAACAAUACACCAGAAAAGGAUAACAAAUCAACAAACGCUUUGGAUGAUGAGAACGAUGAAACUGCAGAGGCAGAUUUUCUAGAAAAUGGCAGGGACGGACUAACUGGUACUCCAGAUUCGGCAAAUUCUCGCAACGACAAAGAACUAGAAGAUAUAAUGGAAGUUGAACAUCAGGCCGCUGCAGCUAAAACUAUAAUGCACGCCCUCAGCAUUGUCAGCACCCCCGCAUCCCAGCCCGGUUCUUCACCGCCGCCACUGGCCGCAGUGGCGCCACACACGGAAAACGGCGACUCUUGGAAACCACAAACCAGCCUUAGUCCGAAAAUACAACGGGAGACGUAUUAAAUUUAUUGAAUUAGUAAGCUUUUUUGAUUUCUAUUUACGUCAUUGAAUUUUUCUGGCUAGUGUAUUAGUAAAAUAGAUAUUUUAAUUUAAUUAUUUAAAGGUGUGUAUUUAUUUCUUACAUUAUAUAUAAAAAGUAUAAUAGAAACAUCAAAAUUCAGUGCCAAAUAAAAGAAUAAUAUAAUUAUUAGUAAAAACUACAUUUUUUACGUUUGAGACAAUAUGGCAUAUGGUACUAAAAUAUUUAUAUAAAUAUAAUGAUACAAUGAAUGAAGUGAAUAUACACCUUAGUUAAGCAACAGGAUGUCUGGAAUUGUGUACACCAAAUUAUAUAUGAACAUAUAUA